GUUCGCUGCAACAUUAGAACGUGCGUGGUGCGCCCAGCUACAGACUAGUGACGACAUUGACGCUACUAGACCACACAGACUAAUAAUAUAAGGCAUUCUUUUAGUUUAAUGUCACUAUCACUAUUUCAGAAUUGUCCUACGUAUUUCUGGACUUUGUUCGGCACGUUAACAUAACCGUAGCGCCCGUGCACUUCAUUCUUCUGAGGUGCAACAAAAGGGAAGUGCAUCGUUACGGUGCAAAAUUUGGCAGUUUAGCGAAUUUUCAUUGUGCGAGGAAGUAUCGUCCGGGUGCUCUCGCCAACGUUUCGAUUCCGAAUCGAGUUCUCGCACACUGCUGGACAGUGCGCGAAUACACGUACCAACCAUACUACAAAAGCAUACAACAAUGGAUACAAAAAUCAAGAGAAGUCCAGAGGACGUAGAGACAGAACAGCGCAGAGUCCUAGGUCCGACGAUAUGGAAAUUACAAGACCCUAAGCUCGUUGCGAGAUUUCAACGAUUCUGCGGCAUCAUCUCGACGCAUUCGCUAUCGGGGCAGACGAUCGCCAACCGAGCGCAGAAGAUCGAAAGUCAGACCGAAGCGAAACGCGACGCGGCGCAAGCCCACUUUGCCAACUUGAUAGAAAGACGCGACGACGCCACCGAUGACGAGCAAUCGGUGAGGAGCCGUCCUGGGGUAGCUGCCGACGCGGAGACGAAGCCAAACGAAACCAAGGUCACGCCGAACGGAACGAGCAGCGAGUCGGACGACGCGAGGUCGUCGGACGACGCUCUCCUCGACAAAGAGUUCAUCAUCACCAACUGGUUCUUCUACUACCUGUUCUCGUUUGGCGCGUCGCUCGGCAACGGCGUCUUCUACAUCACGUUCUUUCCGGCGUGGUUCUGGAACAUCGACGGCUACGUCGGCCGCCGCAUCGUUCUCGUCUGGGCGCUCAGCAUGUUCAUCGGGCAGGCGAUCAAGGACGUAGUCCGCUGGCCGCGGCCCGCCGCGCCGCCCGUCGCUCAGCUCGAACGCCGCUACGCGCUCGAGUACGGCAUGCCGUCGACGCACGCGAUGGUCGGCUUCACGGUACCGUUCGCCGUCGUCGUAUUCACGCACGACCGCUACGAGUACGCGCUCAUCUACGCGGUCGUCUUCGCGACGGCGUGGUGCGCUCUCGUCGCGCUCAGCCGCCUCUACAUGGGCAUGCACUCUGCGCUUGACGUGAUCGCGGGUCUGCUUCUCGCCGCCGCGCUCAUGAUCGCGCUGCUCCGCUGGGUCGACGCUUUCGACGAGUUCCAGCUGCAGAGUCGGAUCGCGCCGCUGUUCACGGUCGGCGUCGCUGUCGCGCUCGCGGUGAACUACCCGGAGCUGGACAAGUGGAGCACGAGUCGCGGCGACACGACGAACAUCCUCGGCAUCUGCGCGGGAAUCUACGUCGGCUCGUGGCUCAACUUCCAGCUCGGCUACAUGACGGGUCCGAGCCUGCCGGCGCCAUUCCGCAUCAUCUGGCCGACGUUCCACGACGUCGGCCUUAUGGCGCUGCGCAUGUGCAUCGGCAUCGCGAUCGCGUGCGCGACGCAGGCGGCGAUGAAGGCGUGCACGUACCCGCUGCUGUGCCGCGUGUGGAACCUCGACCGGCGCGACCCGCGCUCGAAGCAGCGGCUCAUCGUCGAGGUGCCGUACGGCUUCCUCGUCUACGGCGCGAUCGCGUUCAACGUCGUCUUCACGGCGACGCGCGUCUUCGCUAUACUCAACAUCGAGCGCGAGAUGUGGUACACGGAGAUUUAAGCUCAGCCCCGCCAGGGUGCGCCAUCUGCUGGGUGCGGUCGCGCGCGGAGAUCUUGUGCGACCGCCAGGGUGCGUCGCCUGCUGGGUGCGGUCGCGCGGAAAUCUUGUGCGACCGCCAGGGUGCGUCGUCUGCUGGGUGCGGUCGCGCAGAAAUCUUGUGCGACCGCCAGAGCGCGCUGGUAGCGCAGCGAGGUGUGGUAUGUCGAGAUCUAGUGCUGCCCCCCACACUCGACACUUCACACAUCAGUAGCACGCACAUAUCUAUGUGUAAUAACUGGAUAGUGCAUUGCACGUAUUGUGUGAUGGAUGUCAUUUGGCCAUCAUAUAAUAUUGGUUAGCCCAAGUGUUGAAUUCCUAAUUGGGAUUGACAGUGAGGAGGUUAAGACAUUGUUCCACGUCACAUUGCUGUAUUAAGGUGCUUAAAACCGAUUCUUGAUCGACAGAUAUGGUUUCGUGACCUCAUCUGUUAGUAUUGUGGUGAUAACAUAAUGCACUAUCCAUUUAUUAUGUACAUAGAUACGUGUUCCACUGAACCUUAGUAUGGGUGGCGGCAUUGACGAGAUGUUCUUGUGUUCUGUUAUGGUAUAUUUUGUCCGAGGACGCCACAGUGGUUACAUAUCGAACGUAACUCACGCAUGACGACACAUGACACGAUGUCAUUCGACGCGAGUCACUGUGUUCGAAGUGGCUACGGUUAAUGGAGAUCUGAUGACGACUUUGCAGGCAAAGUCGUAAAACGAAUUGAGCCAAGUUUUUGAGAUCAUCCUUCGUCCUCGGUUAGCAACACGACAGCUUGCCUAACGACAUGAUACUACCGUGUUUAUAACGGUACCAUAGCGUAGCCCUCUUUACUGGUGUAAUUUCUGUUUCCCAAUUUUUAUCAGUAGUUCAACGCUAUUCCACUGUGAUUGUUUAGUUCCUGCGCAUGAUUCUACACUUCUAUCUUAUAAAUGAGAAUUGCCUAAUGUAGUAAUGGAGUUGAUAAUAUAUCUAACAAAAGAGUUUCUAUCUCGCAUAUACCCUGUUCAUUCUAAUAUUCCUGUGCUACCCUUGACCGAAAGUAAAUUCGCUGCGAUGUUAUAGAUACUUUGUAGUUUGCAGCGCUGUCCUUUGGAAAAUUGACCGAGUGCGUGUUGACAAACUGGACUCAAGCAAUCUACCAAAUUGUGAUCUCUACCUAUUAAAUCACAGGCCUACAACGAUCAGCUACUAGGUGGUAUACAGAAGACAGUUAUACUCAUGUUGAAUGUAUUUUUUACUAAAUGUAUUGCAUGUUAUAGGUAAUAUUGGGCCACCCUUAAAAAAUUGUUUGUUUUCCCUUUACCUACUCGCCUCUCAGGGUACCGAGUAGGUAGGUAGGUGAAAAAUCUUUGUUAUUUUGUUUUGACAAGAUGUGUGUAUGUAUAUUGUAUAUUCUGUUUUGUGUAUAUGUUUUUGCGGCACGAAUUAGUUUUUUUCUUGGCGAAACGAAAUAAUUUUUCUUUUGUUUUAAUCGGCCAAUAAAAUGUGUCGAGUAGCGGCGUUUUGGCGAGUCGGUCGGUAAAGGGGAAACAAGCAAUAUUUUAUCUUAGGCCUUGUGCUAUUAGGUUUAUGCUAAAGCUUGCCAGUCUGCCCUCUGCCCUUUUUACACUAUCCUAAGUAUAUGUUACAUGUACUCCAUAAGUUGUUACCCUUAUGAGCAGGUCUUUUAAAUAAUGUUUUGUAUGGCAUAAAUGCAGCAUUUUUUUGUAAAUGUAUCUUGUUUUACAGUUAAUUUUGUUUCCGUUGCAGCUCGGCUGUGGAAACAAUCACACGUAUAUUUGCUUAAUUUGCUUGCAUUUAAAAAGCAAACGGUGAACAUUGCAUUUCGCGUGUGCAAAAAUAGGCCAUUAUUUCCAGAUUCAGCGUUUUGUGCUGUAUAUAUGUUUGUGCUAAGUCUUGAUACACGUCAAGAGACGUGUUGAUCAAUACAUGCAAUUAGAAAUGUAAAGCGGUUUUCUCCCUUUUAGUCCGAAUAGUCGAUGCGUGGCAUGAAGGAUUUGAAAGUGAUAUUAUUGACAUGCGCACAAAAAUAUGCUCUUGUUGCGAGUCUUUCUGCCAUAACGAAUUUAUGCACGAACCAGGGAAAUAUUUCAGAUGGCCCACUUUGGUUGGUAAGGAUGAGGUUUUUUACCUUUGAUAUUGAAUUAGGAUAUUAUAUACCAUUCUGAUAUUGUUACGCGAUUGUCAUCCCUAGCUCUCUUCAGAGACCUAACAAGGUAACUGCUGUACUGUUGUGGCCUAUUCAGCUGGGUUACCUUACUGCGUCUACCUAUACAGCCCCUCAUAGUCAUGUGGUGGAACAAAGGGCGGCGUAGGUGGAGUUAGUAUUAGAUAUAAUGAGGUCUUGAUGCCAUACUAACUUGAUGCCCUAGAUGGUUAGAAUUCAUCCCUCGGAAAGCUGUUGCAUCGUGUGCAAAUAUUGCUAAAUGUAAGACCAAAAGAUAGUAUAUGCGCAUCACCUGAUCGACCGUAUGAUUUUUCCUAAUGCAAAUAGCAAAACUGACCUUCACUGAACCUUACUGACCUUAACUAUUAAUAGAGGGCUCUGACGUAGGCAGCCUAUUGAGUGUGUUCGGCUGUCAGUAAGGCUGGUCAGUUGGGGGUAAAUUUUCCGUUCAUUGUAAUUCCAAUGCUUUGUAUAGUACUGCUAUAAAUAUAGUUUAAUACAUUGGCAUCCGUUUGUUACGGAAACUCGUGCAUGGGCAUUUAAGCUAGAGAGUAGAGGUGUGGAACUUGCAUUCGACGGCAAUAGUUAAAUAUCAUAUUAGUCUUUUUAAGCAUGUUCAUGCAUUAUUACCUUAAGGAUCUAUAAUGUUAUCCCGUUUAUCAUUCGACAGCACAAUCAGAAAGGGUUUAUAGAACGUUGUUGGCUAUUUUACCCUGUUUACUCAACAGAUGGCGCUGCAGUGAACUUAUGAGGCGUUUUUAUCGAAGCGAAACCGGUAAAUCGGUUUCCUAAAUCACGUGAUCAGAGGUUUGGUGAAAGCGCUUUUGUUACAUAAAAACAACGCAAGAUGGCAGACCAUUUGGUUAGGAUUUAGCUGAUCUUUGUACGUUUUUAUAACACAUUAACUUAUUAUUCUUAUAUAAUCAUUUAUUAAGAAAACUACUUAAUAACUUACGUUUGACUAUCCGCCAUAUUGAAUGUUGAAACCGUCUGAAAUCGCUCGCCGGGCGGUUUCGACGGUUUCGCAAAGCACUUUCGCAAACCGUCUAGAUAAAAACGAGAAACGACCAAAGCGCUUUCACGAAACCGUCUAGAUAAAUGGAAGAUUUGCAAAACCGUAAAGCGCUUUCACUUCGAUAAAAACGCCUAUGGAGUUAGUGGAGUUUGAGGUCGUUUGUCUGUACGUACAUAUGGCGGUGCUAGCGGUGUGGAUUACAUCGAAAAUGUUCGUUAUUAUUCUACGACUGAACGAGUAGACCCAUUUUUCUGCGUUUUAACAUCAGAUGUUUAGAGCGCAGGCGUGUGGCCUGACCCUUGCACGGUCGUGGCCAAAUUUGUGUCGCGUAGAAUAAAUGAUCUUGCUCUUGAGAAUUGCACUUUAUCUGCACUGAACCGAAACCGAUGACCGAUGUCGUACAACUAGGAGAUAAGACUGUUAUGUCCACCUAGUGCAGUGUGUGCUGUUGUUGGUACUAAUGACGUCAUUUCGUGUUCGAGAGCCUUUACCGAUUCGUAGCUAAAAUGUAGAGUUUUUUAAUGUACGUGUAGUACCUUGCUCUUGAGAAUUGCACUUUAUCUGCACUGAACCGAAACCGAUGACCGAUGUCGUACAACUAGGAGAUAAGACUGUUAUGUCCACCUAGUGCAGUGUGGGCUGUUGUUGGUACUAAUGACGUCAUUUCGUGUUCGAGAGCCUUUACCGAUUCGUAGCUAAAAUGUAGAUUUUUUUAAUGUACGUGUAGUACCCACAUGCACGCGUGGUAUGUGGAAGAUCGACAUCUCAUUCGCUGCCGAUGCUUAUCUUCUCAAUAGUUUACGUUUUAUUCGGCAUAGAUCACUCGUUUUAAACCGCGUUAUGCCAACUUAUAGAGGACUUUCAACGGUAUAUAAACUCGGUAGGUUUAAUUCGAUACAUUGGACACGUUAUUAAAUUUAACAAAUUACAAAUAAAACUGUUGAAGCGAAAUAUACACGUGAA